AUGUCAGUUUAUUGUUGCAUAGAAAUUAUGUCAAAGAAAAAAUUGUCAGAAAAGCAAAGAACUGAAAUUAUCAAAAGAGAUAAUCGUAAGAAAAAAGAAAAUGAUACUUCAACUGAACAAGUGUCUGUUGUCAGUGAGUUUGUCCGCGAUUUUGUCCGACGUCAUGUGAUUACAAGUAGACGUAGUCAAUCUGAUUUGUCCUGGCGUCCAGGCUCUAAUAUCAGUCAUAAUAUUAAUCUUUUGCCUCAGUCUACACUAAUUUAUACACCUAAGAAGAAGACAAGCAUUUCAAAUGAUAUCCUUACUAAAGUGAAGCAUCGUAAUGUUCGAAAGAAAUCGUUACUCAAGUCAAUAAUAGACAAGCCACCGUCAACAAUUCCAUCUAAUCUACCAUUACAAUUGAAUCAUUUAUGGAAUGAUUAUUUUCGAUCAAUUAUAUCUCCUUCACAUCUUACUACAUACGCGAAUAUUGCAAAUAAUUUGGAUACAGUUUUACGAAUGAACCUAAGUGGUGCAAAGCUGAAAGUUGUACGCUCGAAAUCAUGUCGAGCGGGUAUUGAAGGUAUUGUUGUCAUGGAAACAAAAAAUACAUUUUCUCUGGCUUUAAUAUCAUUGAAAAGUCAAUCAUUGUUGAAUCAAUCAUCUUUACCACUUAAUAUUAUCCCCAAAAUAGGUUCAUUGUUCUGUUUGAUAUUACCUAUACCAAAUGUUGAUGAUAAAUAUGAAAAAGUUGAUAUUCUACUUAGUGGAGAUUGUUUAGCAUAUCGUUCAGUUGAUAGAGUUAUACGUAAAUGGAGAUAUACGCCUACAACAGCAUAUGAAUAUAAUCAGAAUGUAUUAACAACGGAGGCAAUCUUUUCAGAUGUACUUAUUGAUAAUCGUAUACUUGGUUAA